AUAAGUUAGCCUCAUAUACACCUUAAUAUUAAACCAGAAACAGGCUAAUUAUCUGACGGACACGCUAUUGUCUUCUCAACUGUUCCAAACUUCCAGAAGAAGCGGAGUUUUGACCGGAAACAGGGACUGGCCGUGUUUCAGUUUUUAUUCCCCUUCAGCGACCCUCAGGUCUGGACAUUUUUGAACCAUGUUUGACAAGCAACGCUAUGACAGCCCACCUGUGUACAGCCCUCCUUUCUCCUCGCCAUCCAACAACGGUUUUGGCCCUCCAGGCAGCUUCCAUGCUCCUCAGAGUGAUUACAACGCAUACCCACCUCCACCAGGAUCUUACUACAUCGAGGACAAACCUCAGCACUUCUACAAAUGGCUGUCGCCUCCGGGGAUCAUCAAGGCCAUGAUGGCUACGGUAAUCGUGCUGUGUGUGGCGAUAUUUGCCUGCGUAGCCUCCACUCUCAUGUGGGAAAUGCAGUAUGGAAUGGGAAUGGGAAUGGGCUAUGGCAGCGGAUAUGGCAUCGGCAGCUACGGUUCCGGAUACAGUGGUUAUGGUGGUUAUGGAGGUUAUGGAGGCUACGGAGGCUACGGCAACAGCUAUGGUUCCUACAUCUCACCUUACUCGGCCAAAACCGCCAUGAUUGCCAUGGCUGCCAUUAACUUCAUUGGGGCACUGGCCUUCUUCAUCACCAGCUUCUCUAAAUCCAACACUGUCCGCAGCAGGAAGUUCUUUCUGGCCCUCCUGAUAAGCAGCAUCAUCAUGGCUGUCCUCCAGGGCAUAAUAAGCAUUGUCUACAUUGUCGGGGUGAACCCCAUGGCCCAGGGUUCCUCCAGCAUGAUGUACAAUCCCAUGCUUAUGAUGUGCCAGAACCUCUACCAGACCAGCUACUCACAGAUGGGAGGAGUAGGAGGCUUCCCUAUGUACAACCAGUAUCUCUACCAUUACUGCUUUGUGGACCCGCAGGAGGGAGUUGCCAUGGUGUGUGGAUUCCUGGUUGUGAUUGCCUUUGGCGUUGCAGCUUUCUUUGCACACAAAACAAGAGGGAAGAUCUGGCGCUACGGGAAACCAAACAUCUACUGGGAAGAGCCUCUUGUUGGCGGGAAGGCCUCAGAAGGCAGAGAUGUAGAGGAAUGGGUGAACAAUGUGGAGGAAAGCCGCAGUGUUCAAGACGCCCCUACCCUGCUGGUGUCAGAGAAGGGAGCCGGCCUGCUCAACGCCUCAGCCAACAGUGUCAUCUCCUACCCCCCAGCCAAGGUGGACAGCAGCUCCUAUAAUGAGGAUGACUACGACAACAAUGAGUACUCAGAGAGGACAACCAGCCGACCAUCAGAAGUCUUCUCCCAUGGUGGAGGAACCAGCUCCAGCCCUUCAGAGGAGACCGGCGGGGUCCGCAAACCGUCCGCCAACAGGGGCAAGAGACGCAGACGCAACCCCGAGCUGGAUGAGUCUCAGUAUGAGACAGAGUACACCACAGGCGGAGAAACAGGCAAUGAACUCGACGGAGAAGAAUGGGAGAGCGCAUACCCAGAGAUAACAUCUGAUGCUGAGCGUCAUGACUACAAGAGAGAGUUUGACACCGACCUUAGAGAAUACAAGCGCCUGUGUGCAGAGAUGGACGACAUCAAUGAUCAUUUGAACAAACUCAGCCGGCAGCUGGACACACUGGAUGACACCUCUGCCAAAUACCAGGCUGUAGCAGAGGAAUAUAACCAGUUGAAGGAUCUCAAGCAGACGUCAGACUACCAGUUGAGGAAGAAACAGUGUCGCAGGCUGAGGCACAAACUGUUCCACAUCAAACGCAUGGUGAAGGACUACGACAAGAACCACUCAUGAAUGCACUGAGUCCUGACGCGCAGCUCUGUGGUCUACACAGCAAACACUCGCAGACGCAGGCCAAGAUACACUCCAGAAUACGACAAAGACUCUUUGACAUCCUGAGACCAAAGUUACCUGUACAGAACCAACACACACACACGCAGAUAGGGAACAUAGUGUAUGUUAAUAAUAAUCAGCUUGUGUUUUCCUGUUUUCCACUGAUCAUUUAUGUAUAAGUAACUAAGUUUUUUUGGAAGGAAAUGGAAGCAGGACCCUCAGCUGUUGCCCCUUCUACAGCAAGCACUGCCUUUUUUUCUAAAAGAUUCAGCUUUGUUUGCAGUUUUUAGCCUCGUGUGGAUCAGUGGGCGUGGUAGGAGAGAGAGGUGGUUUGAAAGUCACCUGUGAUAACACUGCGCUGUGGCUCUGUUUGCUCUCCAGAUUGGCAACUUUUCCUUUGUUUUACCUCCACAGAUAAGAGGUGGAACAGUAUUGUAGAGAACGCAGUGAUGGCUGAGGGUUGCUGGGAUUGUUUGCUGGCAAAUAUGCAGUUUCUUUUAACCCUUGGCAUAGCGUUAUCUUUGUGACGGAUUAGCUUUGGGUGUGCUUUUUUCAUCUUCGGCAUCAACUUCAUCGUCAGUAAAGUGAACUGCCCUCUGCUGGGAUCAUGUGUAUUUUUCUCAUGCGUUGCUUCUUGUCUAAACUAAGAUUUUCAUACAGAUUAUCAUUGAUGCAGUAAGACCAAAAAGGGGACAACUGGCCAAUGACAUACAUGUGUGGCAUUGUUGUAUUGUGUAUAUACUUUUAAUGAAACCCGUUCAUACUACUCAUCCUGAACAAAUUUACAGUCUGUAUCUGUCUGUUAGAUUCUGCACAUAUCGUAGCAUCUGUGAUAACAUUAUCUGUUAUUUGUGCAUACUAAAGACCCAUAGUGGCUUGUCUUUUUUAAUCAGUGGUCAUUCCAAAUGUGCUUAAGCUAUGCAAAUCAGUAAAAACAUCCAGACUAUUUUUCUAUUUUUUAUCAUGCAUGCUCCUCAACAAACUGGAAAACACUGUCUGUCAUGGUAUAUAAGCUGCACUCAUCCUUUUCAUUUGAUUCUUCACCAGUGAAAGUGAUCAUCUGCUGAUUCCAUGUGUGGUGAUGUUUGUAUUAAUCCGCUCAAUGUGCAAAGUGUAUGUUAUAAAAUUGUUUAGACACACUUAUGAUUUGUCAUGCAUUUGUAUUUUUAUGAAGAACAUUGUUGUCAUUUUACAAACCAUUUGCGAGCCGUUUAUUUUUGUAUGAAUUUAUUUUCUUUGAUGCUAUGAUAAGACCAUUUUUUGUAACUGUAUACUUCCAUAAGGUAUGAUGUCUAAAAAGUAUUGAAUUC